CGUUCACCCCGUACAUCACCUAUUUUCACAUGGCCGCUUUACGCAAGCUUCGCGCGGCCGAUUUUACUCUAUCGAUCGCGUAGACUCCUCAUUUAUUUUAAGAACCGAGUGUUUAUUCCCGUUGCAACAUGAAAAUGUUUACGAAACUCUACUUUCUAGCAAUAUUUAUUGCAAUAAUUAAUGCAAAAGAGACAAAUGUCUUUAUGUCGGAAGUGUUUCAGAUAGUGUUAGAUCCUCCUAUGUUCAAUUGGACCCAUGAAGGUAUCAAAAACCAGUUUGUCUACGAGGCCUCUCUCCUAAACUCUCCUGAUUUACCUUCUUGGAUAAAUUACGUCUACAGUGAUCGACAUCAUGCUGGGUUCCUUUAUGGAGUACCGCCUCCAAAAUACGGCAAGGACAACGUGCCAUUGGAAGUUGUAGCUUUGAACAAGAAAAACUACGAGACUCGAGUGGAAAAUUUGAAUCUAUGGAUAAACCAGAAGGAAAAUCCAGCGUUGUUCGAGGUUCACAUGAAAAUAGACAACCUGAAUGUCGACGAUCUGUUUGAGCAUGAGAGAAGUGAAGCGUUGAAGGAUAUUUUCAGAGGGCAACUUUGGAGAGAGAGUCAUAGAGAUUUGUAUAUCACGUUCCUUAGUUCUGCUGUAGAAUUGGGCGCUAGGAAACCGUUGGAUCCCACAGAAGGAGAAGGAGUGGUUAUAAGAUUGGGAAGCCAGUCGCCGUUUUCAACAGAACUGAUAGGAUUACAAGAAGAAAUAAAACCAUUAUGGAAGGUCCCUUCAUGCCCCAGGGAUUUCAAACGAACUUCUGUUGAAAGAUAUUUUAGAGACGCUGGCUUUGCGCUAGAUUGGUGUUCUUUUAGAUUGAUUGACAAUAACAAUUCAGCAAUGCACCAAUCAAGACUCAAAGAUAAUUUGAACAGCAACAAUGGGAUUGAUGAUGAAUUUAUACUGGACUUUAACGAUCGCUGGGAAUCAUAUGCAACAGCUGAUGUUCCAAAAAGAAGUUAUUUUGGCUUAGUGGCUGUGUCAGUUUUGAUCCCUGUCAUCAUCUUUCUUGUGCUAGCCAUGGUGCUGUCAUUUUUGUUAUGCUUCCAGCACGAUGAAAUAGAGGAUGAGGAAAGUGAGAUAUUCUUUUUCAAUCUAUUUCACAUUUGUACUGAUUAUUAUCACAACUACCUUAUCUUCAAAAGAAGAUCAGCAAACUUGGACAUUUCAUCGUCCGCCCCCAACACGGAGUACUACCAAGCAGUUCUCCACGCCGAGUCCUUGAGCAACUUCCCAGCGCAAGUACGACUGUCACCGGACCUCCACAGCCACACGAACAGCCCUAAUUCGACAAUGGGCAGGGGCAUACACUGUCGCCCCAGCCCUCCGCCCUACGUCAGGCCGAAGUUCAAGCCUGAAUUGUGACAAGAUGCGGAAGACGACAAGACUUGGUAUUGCUAAGUCUUUGAGAAAACUAUAAUCUAGUAGGACAACAUGAAAAAUGUACCAACAUGUUACGGAAGUUGACGCAAUUUUCUUUUAUUCUCCAUAGGUAGCGUUCACAGCGACUGCGCGUGUCGUGGACCAGCAACAAGCUAGUACACAAGUUGAAAUUAUAAUGCCGGGUCCACACCAAACCAACAAAACAGCAACUCAAUGUUUUUCAACAAUUGAGCAACAAAUUGGCAACAUUUUGUCAACAAUUCCUGUUUUGUUUCUGUUUCUGCCAACUUUUGGCGUUCCCAUCGCGAGUCGGUAAAGAUCAAAAGGUUUCUGUUUUGUUUUCAUUUCAGGCAACAUUGUUGGUGCGAUGUGUACUUUGUUGCGAAACAAAUAUAAAACAGAAACUACUACAUGAAUAUUUUGUGGAAAGUAUUGUUGAUAUAUAUUGUAGGUACUGCCAAUGCUGAACCUGAAUAUAUGAAAAUCAGUUUCCAGGGGGAAGUGUUGCAUACACUUUCAAAAUUUCAUAGCGUAUCAUUCAAUUAUCUAAGCAAAAAAGUAAACAGUUUAAAAUCAAAUAACAACUGUGCCGAAAUCACUACUAAAAACGUGCUGAAAAACUGUUUCGAAAUUUUGGGAUAUCUUGUAUUAAAUUGGACCAAUUGUUCACUGAGAAGCAGUUCUUUUCCUGAAAAUUUGAAAUGCUCUACAAUAACACCAGUUCCCAAAAUAAAAAAUUCUAAAAGAUGCAGCGAUAUGAGACCAGUAAAUGUGUUACCGGACAUUGAAAAAUUAUUAGAGUCCAUAGUGCAUGUUUAUAUAAGAAAACAAAAUUUUAGUGGAGGCGCAAGCAGGCUUUCGAAAAAAUAUUCCACAAAAACGGCUUUCCAAUUGGUAACUGAGAAUUGGAGAAGAAUGAUAGACUCAGAAGAAGUUGUCAUAGCAGUAUUUUUUUAUUUGAAGAGGGCAUUUGAAGCGAUUGAUAGAGAUAUUUUGUUAGGUAAAUUGAAGGCAUAUGGUAUAUCAGGAAGGGUUUUAGAUUGGUUUAGAAAUUAUUUGUCUAAAAGGAUGCAGGUUACAAAAGUUAAUGACACUAUUUCACCAAAAAUUGAAAAUACAUUGGGUGUUCCACAGGGCAGUAUCCUGGGACCACUUCUUUUUAUUUUAUACAUAAAUGAUUUACCUGCCAUAGUCAAAAAAUUCAAAAUUCAGAUUUUCACCGAUGACUCUAUGAUUUAUAUAAGUACUAAAAAUAUUCAGACUGGUAUCUCUUAUAUAAAUGAAGACUUGAAACUUGCCUCAAAAUGGUUAGCAUCUAACAGAGUAAAAUUAAAUACAAGUAAAACGAAAGCUAUGUUAAUCGGAAAAAACAAUGUACAAAUGUUCAACUGAAUAUUGAUGGUGAAGAUAUUGAUUUCAUAGAAAAUUUUAAAUACCUGCGGGUUUUUGUUGACUCUCGAUUAAUUUUUGAUAUUCAUUAUGAAAAAGUUAUAAAUGAGAUUAGUAGUAAAGUGGCAUAUUUAUCAAGAGUUUCUGGAUGUCUGAGUUCAUAUAGCAGAAAAAUUAUCUAUAAUACCAAAUUUCUUGUACUGUUCGACUAUUCUUCGUUUAGCAAAUAAUUCCAUUUUUGCAAGACUGCAAAUUUUACAAAAUAAAUGCAUGAGAAUAAUAUUGAAUAAAGACAAUUAGAUAAACGCUUAGCAAAUUAAAAUGGCUCAAUGUAAAAAAAUUUAUCAAAUAUCUUGUAAUGAUAUUCAUUUAUAAAGUAAAAAAUAAUAUACAGGUAUUUUCAUCAAGUCUAACUAAUUUAACAUCAUCAAAUGUCGGCCAUCAUUUACAUAAUACCAGAAAUAAAGAUGACCUCCAUUUAAUGACCAAAAAGAAUAACAUAUUCUACAAAUCUGUAUUCCAUCAAGGGUUGAUUGAAUAUAAUAAAUUAUAUACAGAGAUAAAAACCAGAAAACUUUGCCAAAAUUUAAAGUAAAAUUGAGGAAUCACUUGUUAAGUCUACAAUUAUAGGUUGCCCAGCAUUUACAUCUUACAUCAUAUGGCUUUAAUUUACUAAUUCUAAGUUGUUUACAAUUAUUCUGUUUAUGUAGCCAAAUGUGCUAAAUAAAUCUUUCUACUACUACUACUACUAUCAAAUACGAAGGCGCUGUGUAGGGUGUUUAAAAAUAAAUACGCAGUAUGUCGGGUGAAAAAUUAAAGUGGAGUGUAAAUAACACGAGUAAAAUAAUUGAACUAUACAGGGUUAUCCAAAUUAAGUGUCCACCAUUGGUAACUUUGUUAUUAGUAAAAAUACAAAGUUGUUUAAAUUAGCGAACUAGUAGCAUUUUUAACGCUGGUAAAAAUGAGAAAUAAAAAAAACAAUUGAG